AUGUCUGCACGAUACUCUUUACGCGCUACUCCGAGGAAAAAGGAGCUCUUCGAUGGCAUGGUCGAAACUCCUCGCCGCCGUUCCACGCGACGCAAGUCGCAAUUUCCCCUUGAGGGCGCGUCCGACGAUGGCGAAUCGAGCUCGGCCGCCGAGACAACCACCACGAGAUCUCAAUCUACGCGUCGCCGACCACUUGUCCCCAAUUUUGCCGAGAGUGUCGACGAUUCCGACGCCAAACCAAAGGACGAGAACUUCAGUCCUCUAGGCAGCGAGAAGCUUGCGACCAUAAUCAGCGGCAGCGGCAGCGGUGGUGGCAUUGCUGACUCGACUCCUUCACACGCGCAGCAGAACGGCCGCUCCAAGGGAUAUACCAAUGGACAUACCAAUGGAAAAAGCAACGGGCACAUCAACGGGUAUGCGAAAGACAGAGUCAUCGAUGGCUGGAAGGUUGGGUCCGAUCCCAAAGUCGACAACUCCGGACACUUCGAGUUCGGAGGCAGCUUCGGUACCCUGGCCCUCAUGAUCGGCUUUCCCUCGCUCAUGUACUAUAUGUGGAUUGGCUCAACCUACUACGGUGGAAAGCUGCCCUUGCCAGAGGAGGGACAGUCGUUCGUCGACUUUGCCAAACACAUGGGACAUCUCAUCUACACCGGCGCAUUCCCGCAUUUAAGGGCAUGGAGGAUCUACUGGGUUUACUUCAUCUUCGAGGCAGUUUGCUACUGCUUGAUGCCCGGCGUCUGGGGCUACGGCAAACCGCUCGCCCACCUGGGAGGCAAGCAGCUUCCGUACUACUGCUCGGCCUACACCAGCUUCUACUUCACCAUCUUCGUCAUGGGCGUGUUGCACUUCACCGGCCUAUUCCCCAUCUACACGUUCCUCGACGAAUUUGGGCCUAUCAUGUCGGUCGCCAUUCUCUCCGGGUUUCUGUGCAGCUUCGUUGCAUACUUCUCGGCCAUCGCCCGCGGCGCCCAACACCGCAUGACCGGAUAUCCCAUCUACGACUUCUUCAUGGGCGCCGAGCUCAACCCACGCAUGUUUGGCAUCCUCGACUUCAAGAUGUUCUACGAAGUCCGCAUCCCCUGGUAUAUCCUUUUCGGUCUGAGCGCAGCUGCAGCAGCGCGCCAGUACGAGAACAACGGCUACGUAUCCGGUGAGGUAUGGUUCUUGGUCAUGGCCCAUUACCUCUAUGCCAACGCCUGCUCCAAGGGAGAACAGCUCAUCGUAACAACCUGGGAUAUGUACUACGAGAAAUGGGGCUUCAUGCUCAUCUUCUGGAACAUGGCCGGUGUCCCGCUCUCGUACUGCCACUGCACUCUCUACCUCGCAAACCACCACCCGUCCGAGUAUGCCUGGAAUAAGUACGCUCUCGGCGCCCUCUUUGUGACGUACCUGGCCCUGUACUGCGUCUGGGAUCAGUGCAACGGACAGAAGAACGCAUUCCGCCACAAGGAGCGCGGCACGCUGAUGAAGCGAAACACCUUCCCCUCCCUACCUUGGACGUACCUCGAGAACCCGAAGACCAUCGAGACCGAGACAGGCGACUCGAUUCUGGUGGAUGGGUGGUAUGGGUACGCGCGCAAGCUGCACUACACUUGCGAUGCUUUCUUUGCCAUCUCGUGGGGCCUGGUCACUGGCUUUCAAAGCCCGUUCCCCUGGUUCUACCCGGUCUUUUUCUGCUGCAUGAUCAUACACCGCACCGUUAGAGAUGUUCAGCGCUGCAGGCACAAGUACGGCGAGGCCUGGAAGGAGUACGAGAGGCGGGUUCCGUACCUGUUCAUUCCGUACGUGAUCUGA